GGAAGGCCCCGGCGACCGCCCCCCGCCUCACAGCUGGGACCGGACUCUCCCGCCACAGAUGUCGCACCGCCGCCGCCAAAGCCCAGCGGUACUCAUCCCAGAGCCUUGAGGGGUCCAAAGUCGUGGACUCCGGAGUAGCGAGUCUGUACCGCGCCCUGAGAGACCCCAAAGCGCAGGCUAAAGGAACCCAAAUAUCCAGGUGCCCAGCGCCCCCUCCUGGAGGAGCCGGGAGUCCUGGACAUCACUCCGCGCGAUCCUGGAGGCCGAGCUUCCUGCACCCUGGUUAAAGAAGUUAGGAUCCCAGACCGGUGAUUACCUCCAAGGGUUCCCAGAUAUUCGAGCCCAGAUAUCCGAACUUGGCAUACGGACUCCUAGCGCCCCAGCCAGUUUGUCUGGGGCUGAAAAGCCCACCACUUCAAGGGGACCCAGGAAUUUGGGACUCCCCUGCGCUCCCGCCUGGAGAUGGUUUAAUAUCUGCUCCAAGAGUUAGGGGAACUCAGGAAUCCGGUCGCCCCACGGCCCUAUCUAGAAGACUCAGGAAUUUGGGUCUCCAGCGCCCCAUCUGAGACCUAAGUGUCGGGACUCCCAGCAUCCCUCAUUUAGAGGACCAAGAAAUUCGGACUGCUACAUCCCUUUCCGAGAGAUCCCGGAUUGUGGUUCCCGGAGCCUGAACACCCGAAGUUCACGCCCCUGACUUGCAGAGACCCAGGAGUCCGGCCUUGCGGCUCCCCGAGGACCGUACUAGGGUCGAAUAAGAAUCGAGCAACCUCGGUUCUGGGCUGGAGACUCCCUGGGAGCAGGCGCUGAGCCACUCAGCCAUGCCCGAGGGAGCCCGUGGACCGAGCCUGUCCAAACCCAGCCCUAGCCUUGGCCGUGGCCCCACAGGUGAAGUGUGUGACUGCGCAGCUGUGUGUGAGAGCCAGACAGCAGGCCCUGCAACCCCUGCCAUGGCCUCCCCCCGAGGUUCUGGAAGCUCCACAUCCCUGAGCACGGUGGGCUCUGAGGGGGACCCGGCUCCAGGGCCCACCCCAGUCUGCUCAGUGUCCAGGCCAGAGCCCCUUCCAGGGCCCCCCAUCCGCCUGCAUCUGUCACCCGUGGGAACCCCAGGUUUGGCCAAACCCUCGAGGCUGGAGCGAGUGGUUCGAGAGAUCGUGGAGACAGAGAGGGCCUACGUCCGGGACCUUCGUAGCAUUGUGGAGGACUACCUGGCCCCUCUGAUGGAUGGUGGGGUCCUAGGGCUGAGUGCGGAGCAGGUGGGCAUGCUAUUUGCCAACAUCGAGGACAUCUACGAGUUCAGCAGUGAGCUCCUGGAGGACCUGGAGGGCAGCAGCAGCGCGGGGGGCAUUGCUGAGUGCUUUGUGCAGAGGAGUGAGGAUUUUGACAUCUACACGCUGUACUGCAUGAACUACCCGAGCUCCCUAGCCCUGCUCCGGGAGCUGUCGCUGUCCCCACCCGCAGCCCUGUGGUUGCAGGAGCGCCAGGCCCAGCUCCGCCACUCACUGCCUCUGCAGAGCUUCCUGCUGAAACCUGUUCAGCGGAUCCUCAAGUACCAUCUGUUGCUGCAGGAGCUAGGCAAGCACUGGGCAGAGGGCCCAGGCGCUGGGGGACGCGAGAUGGUGGAAGAGGCCAUCGUGUCCAUGACCGCGGUUGCCUGGUAUAUCAAUGACAUGAAACGGAAGCAGGAGCAUGCGGCGCGCCUCCAGGAAGUGCAACGGCGGCUGGGCGGCUGGACUGGCCCGGAGCUCAGCGCUUUCGGGGAGCUGGUGCUGGAGGGCGCAUUCCGAGGUGGCGGAGGGGGUGGCCCCCGACUUCGAGGGGGCGAGCGGCUGCUUUUUCUGUUCUCACGGAUGCUGCUCGUGGCCAAGCGCCGGGGCCCGGAGUACACCUACAAAGGCCAUAUCUUCUGCUGCAACCUGAGUGUGAGCGAGAGUCCUCGAGACCCUCUAGGGUUCAAGGUGUCUGAUCUGACCAUUCCCAAACACAGACACCUUCUCCAGGCCAAGAACCAAGAAGAGAAGAGGCUGUGGAUUCACUGUCUCCAGCGUCUCUUUUUUGAGAACCACCCUGCCUCCAUCCCUGCCAAGGCCAAACAAGUUCUCCUUGAAAACAGCCUGCACUGUGCUCCUAAAAGUAAACCUAUCCCAGAGCCCCUGACACCCCCACUUGGGUCUCCCCGACCUCGAGAUGCUAGAAGUUUCACCCCUGGACGAAGGAACACAGCUCCAUCUCCAGGACCCUCUGCUACCCGCCGUGGCCGUAGACAGUCUGAGCCAGUAAAGGAGCCGUACGUUAUGUUUCCACCAAACGCUAAGCCUAGACUCAAGGUAAGAAACACCCUAGGACAGGGUCUGCGGACCCGUACUCCUGGGCCUGGGAGAAAGGGAUGGGGCCCUCCACUCCAGCCUUCCAUCCUCUCUCCUUGCUUGCAGCAUACUGGCAGUGAGGGGGAGCUCUACCCCCCCUUAGAGCCUCAGCCACCAGUUCCAAUUUCCGGACCCCCUGAGGACCUGGAGGACACUGGACCCCCCACGCUGGAGCCCUCUGGGACCUCCAUCACUGAAGAGAUUCUGGAACUGUUGAACCAAAGAGGCCUCCGGGAUCCAGGGUGCCCACUGCCGCCAUCCCCCCACGACAUUCCCAAGUUCUCUGGAGACUCCCAGGUGCCAGGCGACAGUGAAACCCUCACAUUCCGAGCCCUGCCCGGCCGAGACUCUUCAGAAGAGGAGGAGGAGGAGGAGCUAGAGAUGGACGAACGGGGGCCUUCCCCGCUCCACGUCCUGGAAGGGCUCGAAAGUUCCAGCGCGGCUGAAGCUCCCGACGUUUCCGGCCUUAGCAGAAGUCCAGACGCACCCAGCCUCCCUGAAAUUCCCGGCCUGUCUGAAAUUCCCAAGAUUCCCCACCUUCCUAGCCUCUCUGACAUUUCCAGUGUUUUUGAAAUGCCCCGCCUUCCAGCCAUACCUAAUGUCCCGGACAUUCCUAGUCUCGCCAGCGCUCCCGCCCUUCCCUGUGACUCAUGGCUCCAGGGACCUCUGCAAGGGCCCGAUGAGGCUGUAGCCACCAGGAGAGAACUGUUCCCUGGAGGCAGCUCAGCAAAACUGGGGGAACCCUCCUCAGGUGGCAGGGCAGGGCAGGAGGAGCCCGAAGAAGGGGAACCGUUCCCAGACUUCCAGCCCCAGGAUGUCCCCCAAGAUCAGGGAUUCCCAGAUGAGCUGGAAUUCCGCUCUUGUUCAGAAAUCCGCAGCGCCUGGCGGGCUCUGGAGCAGGGGCAGCUGGCCCGGCCGGGUUUCCCAGAGCCACUGCUGAUCCUGGAAGAUUCGGAUCUGGGCGGAGGCAGCGGGAGCGGGAAGGCAGGAGCCCCUAGUUCGGAGAGGGCAGCUUCCCGGGUGCGAGAGUUAGCCCGGCUCUACAGCGAGCGGAUCCAGCAGAUGCAGCGGGCCGAGACCCGGGCAUCGGCCAAUGCCCCCCGCCGCCGGCCUCGUGCUCUGGCCCAGCCCCAGUUGUCCCCCCGCCUGCCCCAAGAGCAUGCUGAGCCAGGGCCUCUGCCUGCCUUUGGACACGUGCUGGUGUGUGAGCUGGCCUUCCCUCUGACCUGUGCCCAGGAGUCUGUCCCUCUGGGUCCUGCCGCCCGGGUUCAAGCUGCCACACCUUUGUCUAAGCAGGGAGGCUGCCCGAGUGGCCGGGGUCUCUCUGUUUCCAGUUUGCCUGAGCAAGACCAUCUGGGCAUCCGGGUACCAGCUGCUAGGCGUCUGCCUGAGCAAGGAGACCCCCAGAACACACAGAGCAUGGCUGCAGCCACCACAGCCUUGCCCCUGCAGGAAGACCCCCCAGAUGUGCAGGUGCUGGCUACAGCUCUGCCUGACCCAGGAGGCCACCUGGAAGUCCAGCGUCCAGCUACCACUCCUCUGCCUCAGCAUAGAGGCCAUAUGGACACCCAAGUUCCAACCAGCCCAGCCCUGCCUGGGCAGAGAUGCUGUCCUGACGUCACAGUUUUAGCUACCGUCACUGUGCCCAAGCAAGAAGGUCCUCUACAUAGCCAGAGCCCGAGCAAUACCCCGUUAACCAGACAAGGAGGUCCCAGGGAUGUUCCAUUUCUGGCUGGUGUUGGCGACCAAGCUGUCGACAUCUCGCUUACGCAUGGAAGCAGCCUGGACCGUCCGAUCCCAGGCAACGCUGCACUGCCCUCACAACAUGACCUCCCGGACGUUCCGGUUCUGGGUGCUUCACCUCUAGCUGCCUGGGAAGGCCCCCCGAGCCAUGAGAUCCCAGCCAGCGCUGCGCCGUCUUUGCCCCAAGACCCCUCAGACAUUCAGUUUCUGGGCACCUCGUCCUUGCCUGCACACGAAUGCUGCCUAGACCAUCAGCUCCCAGCCAGCACCGCACUGUCUUUGCCCCAGAACUCGAAUGUUCCAGCUGCUGCACCUCUGCCCCAGCAACCAGGCCUCCCAGACACCCAAGUCCAGGCCCUCCCACCUCUGCCCAAGCAGGGAGGCCUCCCAGACACCCAGGGUCCAUCUGCUACACCUUUGCUUCAGGAACAAAGCUUCACAGACCUUCAGAUCCAAAAACAUUCACCGUUGUUGGAGCAGAGGAGCCUCCCCGACGUCCGUGGUCCAGCCCCGACACUCCUGCCUGAGCAGAGAGGCUCUCGGGACUCUCAGGGCCUGUUUUCCACCCCGGCUCAGACCACCAUGGUUCUGUCCAAACCAGGACACUACUUGGCCUCUCCUGUCACCAGGUCAGAGUCUUCAGAGUUGACCCCGCCCCACAGUCCCCCUCUUCCAACCCGGCAGCUCCUGGGCCCCAACGCAGCUGCCCUCUCAAGGUACCUGGCAGCCUCAUACAUCAGCCAGAGCCUGGCUCGGCGGCAAGGGUCUGGAGGAGAAGCCCCCUUGGCCUCCCGGGGUCCCUGGUCCUCCUCUGCCCCCGCAUCGCGGGCCCCUUCACCACCACCCCAGCCCCAGCCCCCACCACCCCCAGCCCAGAGGCUCAGCUAUGCCACCACGGUCAACAUCCACGUUGGGGGUGGCGGGCGGCUCCGGCCAGCCAAGGCCCAGGUCAGGUUGAACCACCCUGCUCUCUUGGCCUCUGCCCAGGAAUCUGUGGGCCUUCGCAGGGCCCAGGGAGCUCCUGAUGCCCCUUUCCACAUGUGAGCCCAGAUAUGGGGCUUCUUGAAAAGCAAGGACUUCAGCCGGAUGCCGCAGACCCUCAGAACUUCACCCAGAAGUCCAGACACUGAGCACAGGUCUAGAAAUUGCUGCAGCUUUCCAACUCCUGGGAGCUGCUUUGGUGAAUGGUCCUUUUUACUUACCUUGACUAACUCAGCAGGUAUGGGGAAGGGGAUGUCAUUAAUAUUUUGUUAAUAUUAUGAAGUUAUGUAUAUUUUCCCAUUCUGGAGGUAGUGGGUGGAUGACAAGACAAUGAAUGCGAAGGUCUGACACAGCAUGAAUCGGUGGUUCUGAAAACAGGAGGCAUCUCAAACUUGUUGGAAAAUUACUGACAACCGCC